UCUGCAGUGCGGGUUUAGCAUAACAGUGUGCUAUUCAAAUAAACUGCUGGUCAUUAUGAAGGGAAAUUAAGAGUAAAUAAAUAAAACCCAACAUGUUGGUUUGAGGAAGAGUAAACAAAAAGUUGAGGCAGGGGUGUUGUUACAUAUGGGAGCAAGUGAAACCAAGAGCAAGCCGCGGUGCUGCGGAGCUAAUGAUGCUUUUUUCAGCAGUCAGUCUGUGGGUUUGAGGUGGUACUUUUCACUUGGACACUCCCACUUGACGGCGAGCAGAGACGGGAAACUUAGCAAAGAAAGAGCUGCGAGGUUCACUUCUGAGAAGAGCGGCGUUUUACUGCGAGGCAAAACAACAUGAGGAAACUUUUCAUUCUCCUUCUCCUGCUGGCCCUUUUUGAACACGGGACACUUCAGAAACAUGGAAAAAGGAAGAACUUGCCAGGGAAAGUCUACCCUGAGCCCAGAGUGUUUUUAGGACUCCGUCCCACACAGUCUGACAUCCAUGGCACCCAGCCUCCCAACUCCACUGAUCCUCCGUCUCUGCAGCGCUUAAGCGACACCGCCGUAGCGUACCUCAAAGGACUCCUGAGCACCAGAGUCAUCCCCGUCAUCUACUUGCUGGCGGUGAUCGUCGGGAUCCCGACCAACAUCACCAUCCUGUGUUUGCUCGCCACCGAAAUUAGGAAAGUGUCGUCCGCCAUCCUCUACUGCAGCCUGGCCACCUUCGACCUGCUCCUCCUCGUCUCCCUCUUCUUCAAGGCUCACUACCAUCUCCUCGGAAACAACUGGGUGCUCGGAGAAGCCGCCUGUAAGGCGGUCACCGCCUGUUUCUAUGGUAACCUCUAUGGCUCGGCUCUGACUCUGGCUUUCAUCGCCGUCAAGCGCUACAUGGCGGUGGUGCACCCGUUCUUGUUCAAAACGCUGCCCAAGAAGAGGUGCAUGGCCGUGGCCGUCCUGGCCCCGUGGCUGGCCUUCGCCGCCUCCGUCGUCCCCCAGACUUUGGUCCAACAAACAUUUUGGGUCUCCCAGCUGAACCGCACCACCUGCCACGACGUGUUGCCCCUGGAAUCUGACUCUCACAAGUUCCUGCUCUUUUGCAACCUGACUCUGGCGGUUCUGUGCCUUCUGGUGCCCAUGGUGGUCACCACAGUGUGCUUCGUCAAAAUCCUCAGCGCCCUCAACCAGUCGCAGUACGACUGGGCGAUGUACAUCAAGUCCAGCUCUCUGGUGUUUACCAUGUUUCUGCUGUGCUUCCUUCCCGUCGGCGUCCUGCACUUUGUCCAUUAUCUGCAGCUGUCUGCGGGAGGGGAAGAGAGUCUGUACAAAUAUUUCAACAUGGCGGUGUGUCUCUGCUGCCUCCAUGCUUGCCUGGACCCCUUCUUCUUUUUCCUCAUGUCCAAGUCUGCAGGAUCCAAAUUGUACUUUCUGACCUUCAAAGGCAAGAACCUCAGUGUGUCAUUCUGAAAGACAGUAAGGGUGUUUUCACACCUGAUAGUCCUUUAGACUCGGUUCGGUGGGGUAACGUGUUACAUUUUCAACAUUUGUUACAUUUUCAACUGGAGCAGUUUGCUUUCAGACUAAACUGUGUCAAACAACCCCAGCCCUUUGAAAAACCUGUGGGGGCGCUGCACCAAGAACCGCGGAGGGGAUUUAACAUCCUACUUUGCAAAGCGUAAACAAAAAUGAAGUAGGGUCACAUGUUAGCAAUUGUAGGACGUCUCUUUUGUCUUUGGUAAAAGACCAUGAGGCGUUUCUCUCGCUAUCGCUAGACUCUCGCGUUUGUUUUGGCUCUAUUGACCCAGAAUGCCCUGCGCUAUAGUGCAUUUCCCUGUCUGCUUGCAUUCACAUAUGCAUUCGAACCGCGCCACAGUUCACUUCAACAAAACUGAGACUUAGGUUUUUUUAGGCGGACCAGAGUUUGCUUCUUACAUCCGCAUCAGAGUUCGAUUAGGCCAUGCACACCUUCCCAAACGAAUUGGACUUUCGGGGCAAAUGAACUAGAGUUCAAUUAGCGUGAACUAAAGAGUCCUGGUGUGAAUGCACCCUAAAUGUUUUUAAGACAACUGACGAAUUUCAUGCUUUCCGUGGCUGGAACCCAAAGAGAAAGUGAUUCGGUUUAAGGGAGCGUUAGCCUUGACGCAACGGCUGUUUUGGAAGUAGCACUUUUCUUUUCAAUGAAUGUUUAUGACAGAUUGGUUUAAUGAAACCUGUACCUUUAUUACCAGUUUGAUGUUAAUGUUACAAAAUAGUUGAAAGCAUUCUUAAAUGUAAUUUCUUUCAAGCUGAUGAGCACGGAGCCCCUCUGCUGACAUGGGAGACGAGAAAACCCCCAAAAAACGUUUGGCCACGUCUUACCUCAUGGGAGCAACUUGUUUAGUUUGUCCGCAUCACUUUGUGUCGUUCUAAGGAUCAAAGUGCUGCACAGAUGAGUAAAAGAUUCAAAUGCAAGAUUAAGAUUAAAAAGGCAUUAAACAGAUACAAUACAAACAUAAAGAAGCAUUAAAGGAGAAUCAAAUAAAUGAGUAAAUAAUAUUUGCAACAUCUCAGAUGGUGUCAAAACAAAAACUGGGUAAAAAAGUUGGGUUUUGUGACGGGAUUAAAAAAUGUUCCAUCAAGCUGUAACUGGAUUAAAUUCCUUAGAAAACUGGACAAUGUUCCAAAGAAUCGAAGCCUUUAGCUGCCAAUGCUAUGUAAUAAAUUCAGAAGUGUCUCGUUAAAGCAGGAAAGUUUCUCAUUUUAAUGACACACAAAAUUAAAUUCCUUAAAACGGCAUAAAGGGGUUUCCUGCGACUCUCCAUCUUCUCACUCCGUUUCUUCUUCUACCGCAAGGUGUUGCUGUUUUACUGUUACGACUUUUCUCGUUUAAACGAGAACACAGUUUGGCUUUAGUGAGAUAUAAACCUCUGUGAAGCGAGUUUUAUAUCUCUUUAAACAAAAAAAGUUUCUCAUUAUAACGAGGUGCUGCUCCUGAAUUUAUUUUUAAUCCUCUCUACACAGCGUAAAACGUGGUUUUCUGCUGGUGGAUUAUUUUGUGAAUAUUGCCAUCAUUCACCAACUUCUUGGACAGCCGGUAGCUACUGUCCUUUUUGGAAAGUCAUGACCUGGAAAAUGAAGAAGCACAACCUUGCUACUAAACGUAAAGCUAGCAUGCCAAGACUUAAGAGCUAUAAACUCAAAAGUGGAAGAAUGCUACCAAGCUAGCUAGCUAGUAAAUCAGAUUACCCCGCUAGUUAGCUUGGCAGACGCUGCUCCACAAACAGCAGAGCAGCAAAAGGAGAUGCCACUCUGUAAAAUAAGCACAUUUACUUGGAACUGCUCUGACUUUAAAUCUGGAACUUCUUGUGACAGAAGCCGAAAUUAAAUCUUGAUUUAUUUAUUUUUUUUCUAAAUAUCUUCAGCUCAGACAAAUCUUUGUUUUGAACACAUGAAACGACUGACCCUUGUUGUCUCACUCUGUUAUGUGGUCAGUGUAACACGGAUUACAAUGAGAAAAUGCAUCCUGUUCUUCAGCAGUGCAUAUUUGCUGGGCAUGUUAUGUGGCUGCAGUUUUACAUGACUAGAAAUGAAAACAAAACAAAACACUAGGUUGGUCAAAAGUUUCACUGACAAGUCCCAGCACGACAGUAGUUUAAUGUGAAAAUCCUGCUUGUAAACAUUUUUCUUCCAUCGUAAGAGCAAGAAUGAAAUAGAUUUGUAAAGAGCAAAGCAUAAGCAAAAUACAAUAAGUGCUGGUUUUUACUCUAUUUAAUUUUUUUUUUUUACUGUGAAGCUCUCCUUUGUUCCUUUUAUUAAAGGUUAUCCUGUAUUUCACCUUUCAUAUAGCAUACUGAUGAUGAAAUAAAUAAGUUGUAAAAUAUGUGUGGUUUUCAUUGGAAGUUGUAGGUGGUUUAUGAAGUAUGAUGGGUAACAUUUCUCUCAGACAGUGAACAUCCACUGUCAGCAGCCCAGCCCACUUUUUUGGUUUUUAGAUUCCAGAUAAGGCUGAAACAAUUAAUCAAAUUAAUCAUGAUUAAACAUUUAUUGAAAUAAUCGUCAACUUGGCAAUCGAUUAAUCGUUAAUUCGACUAUUCAGACUCUAGAAAAUAGCCGUUUGCUGAACGAACAUCACAGUCAGAGCAGCAGCUAAGUCAAAACUAUAAAUAAUCAACAGUUCUAUACAGGAAUGCUAUGUUAUUUGUUUUCUUAUUCACAAAAGUAAUUGAAUUAUUUGCUUACCUGCAUCUUUUAUUGUCCUUCAAAUAUUGUAUAAAAAAGCUGUAAGCGGUUAAAUGAAAAAAUUGCAAAAUUUGCCAUUGUUUUCUUUUUGUUUUUAUCAGAUCAAUCAAUUAAUCAGUGGAAAUAUCAAUUACUAAAAUAACCGUUAUUUGCAGCCCUGGUUUCAGAGUGUUUAAAAGUGAAUUUACUGUGUGUGCUGAAUUUUGUAAAACCUUUGGGGUGUGUCCAUUUGUGACCUCGUUUUCAUGGCAUGCCAUUCGGUCUGUCUCAUAAAAGCUCAUAAUGUGACAUGUGAAAAAGGUCAAGCGUUGUAAA